AUGUGUGAGGACCAUGCAGAGUUUCAGAUGCAUCAGGCUUCUGUUCUGGUGGCAGCUGGUGGCUCCGUGGCCUUAGCUUAUACAUGGGAAGCUGUUGAUACCAAAAAUAACAUGCUUUAUAAGAUCAGCAUCUGUGGAAAUCUGGAUAUUGCCCAGUGUGGGCAAGCAAGUGCUGUUUGUAUGUACGACUCCAAGACAAGCAGCUAUCACUCUGUGGGUGAUUCUUCUUUGAAAACUGCAACCAGAUCUCUUCUGGAAUUCAAUACAACAGAGACCUGUAAGCAAAACACAAAUCACAAAAUCCAGACUAGCAUCACCUUCUUAUGUGGGAAAACUUUGGGAACUCCUGAAUUUGUAACUGCGACAGACUGUGUGCAUUACUUCGAGUGGAGGACCACUGCAGCAUGCAAGAAAGACAUAUUUAAAGCUAAUAAAGAGGUGCCGUGCUACGUUUUUGAUGGAGAGUUCAAGAAGCACGAUUUAAAUCCACUGAUCAAGAUUAGCGGAGGUUACUUGGUGGAUGACUCUGACCCGGACACUUCUCUGUUCAUCAACGUUUGUAGAGACAUAGACUCCCUACGGGACUCGAGUCCACAGUUGCGUGGCUGUCCCCGUGGCACUGCUGCCUGCCUGGUGAGGGGGGACCGGGCGUUUGAUGUCGGCCAGCCCAAGGAGGGCCUGAAGCUCGUGAGCAAGGACAGGCUUGUCCUGAGUUACAUGAAAGAAGAGGCCGGGGAGCUAGACUUCUGUGAUGGUCACAGCCCGGCGGUGACGAUCACGUUUGUCUGCCCGUCAGAGCGCAGAGAGGGCACCAUUCCCAAGCUCACAGCAAAAUCCAAUUGCCGCUACGAAGUCGAGUGGGUCACUGAGUAUGCAUGCCACAGAGAUUAUCUGGAAAGCAGAACGUGUUCUCUGAGCAGCGAGCAGCACGAGGUCACCGUCGACCUCCAGCCACUCAGACAGGACAGAGCUUCAUCCUCCUCUUACUACACUUCCGACGGAAAGGAAUAUAUGUUUUACUUGAACGUCUGUGGAGAAGUUGAAUUGUCUUUCUGUAGUAAGAAAGAAGCUGCCGUUUGCCAAGUGAAAAAGUCCGAAUCCACUCAAGUCAAAGUAGCAGGAAAAUACCAGAAUCAGACCCUCCGAUACUCCGAUGGAGACCUCACCUUGAUAUAUUUUGGAGGUGACGAAUGCAGCUCAGGCUUCCAGCGGAUGACUGUCAUAAACUUUGAGUGCAAUAAAACUGCAGGUAAUGACGGGAAAGGAGCGCCCAUCUUCACUGGGGAGGUAGACUGCACCUACUUCUUCACGUGGGACACCAAGUACGCCUGCAUCAAGGAGAAGGAGGACCUCCUCUGCAGUGUGACCGAGGACAAGAAGCGCUAUGACCUGUCUGCGCUGGCUCGGCACUCAGAACUGGAACGGAAUUGGGAAGCCGUGGAUGGCAGCCAGAGAGAAACAGACAAGAAGCAUUUCUUCAUCAACAUCUGCCACAAAGUGCUGCAGGAAGGCCAGGCCAGAGGCUGUCCCGAGGACGCGGCCGUGUGCUCUGUGGAUAAGAGUGGAUUUAAAAAUCUAGGCAAAUUUAUUUCUUCUCCCACAAAAGAGAAAGGAAACAUUCAACUCUCGUAUUCAGACGGUGAUGAUUGUGGCCAUAAGAAAAUAACAACCAACAUAACACUUGUGUGCAAGCCAGGUGAUCUAGAAAGCGCUCCGGUGUUGACAACCUCUGGGGAUGGCGGCUGCUUCUAUGAGUUUGAGUGGCACACAGCUGCUGCCUGUGUACUGUCCAAGACAGAGGGCGAGAACUGCACGGUCUUUGAUUCCCAGGCAGGGUUUUCUUUUGAUUUAUCACCUCUCACGAAGAAAAAUGGUGCCUAUAAAGUUGAGACCGAGAAGUACGACUUUUACAUAAAUGUUUGUGGUGCGGUGUCUGUGAGUUUCUGCCAGCCGGACUCCGGAGCCUGUCAAGUUUCAAAAAGUGAUAACAAGGCUUGGAACUUGGGACUGAGUAAUGCUAAACUUUCCUAUUACAACGGGAUGAUCCAGUUGAACUACAGAGACGGCACACCCUAUAACAACGAAAAGCAUACACCGAGAGCCACGUUGAUCACCUUCCUUUGUGACCGGGACGCGGGAGUCGGUCUCCCUGAGUAUCAGGAGGAAGACAACUCUACCUACAACUUCCGGUGGUACACCAGUUACGCCUGCCCGGAGGAGCCCCUGGAGUGUGUGGUGACCGACCCCUCUACGCUGGAGCAGUAUGAUCUCUCCAGCCUGGCAAAAUCUGAAGGUGGUCGUGGAGGAAACUGGUACGCCAUGGACAAUGCGGGCGAGCGCAGCACGUGGCGGAAAUACUACAUCAAUGUGUGUCGACCCCUGAACCCGGUGCCGGGCUGUGAUCGAUAUGCGUCGGCUUGCCAGAUGAAAUACAAGAACGAUCAGGGUUCCUUUUCUGAGACUGUCUCCAUCAGCAACUUGGGGGUCGCAAAGACGGGUCCCAUGGUGGAGGACAGCGGCAGCCUCCUUUUAGAGUACGUGAACGGCUCAGCGUGCACCACCAGCGACGGGAGGCUCACCACCUACACCACCAGGAUCCAUCUCGUCUGUUCCAAGGGCAGCCUGAAUACCCACCCCAUAUUUUCUCUCAGUUGGGAGUGUGUGGUUAGUUUCCUGUGGAACACAGAGGCCGCCUGUCCCAUCCAAAUCAUGACAGACACAAAACAGGCCUGUUCUAUAAGGGACCCGAACAGUGGGUUUGUGUUUGAUCUUAACCCAUUGAACAAUACCCAAGGAUACGUGCUCUUAGGCAUUGGAAAGACUUUUGUGUUCAACGUGUGUGGCACAAUGCCAGCCUGUGGCACCUUCGAUGGAAAACCAGCCUCUGGCUGUGAGGCGGAAACCGAGACAAAAGACCUGAAGUAUCUGAAGCCAGAAAAGCAGGUUGGACUCGAGAAAACCCUCCAGCUGUCCACCGAGGGCUUUAUAACGCUGACCUACAAGGGGCCUCUUUACCCUUCCACAGGGACUGCUGAUGCUUUUAUCAUCCGCUUUGUUUGCAACGAUGAUGCCUACCCAGGAAUCCCCAAGUUCCUGCAUCAGGACAUUGACUCUGGCCGGGGAAUCCGAGAUACUUUCUUUGAGUUUGAGACCGCACUGGCCUGUGUCCCUUCUCCAGUGGAUUGCCAGGUCACGGACCUCGCUGGAAACGAGUACGAUCUGAGCGGCCUAAGCCAAGUCAGGAAGCCCUGGGCGGCUGUAGACACCUCCGCGGAUGGGAGAAAGAGAACUUUCUAUUUGAGCGUUUGCACUCCCCUCCCUUAUAUUCCUGAAUGUCAUGGCAGCGCAGUGGGGUCUUGCCUGGUAUCAGAAGACAACAGCCAGAACCUGGGCGUGGUACAGAUCAGCCCUCAGGCCGCAGCCAACGGGUCUCUGAGUAUCGUCUACGUCAACGGCGACAGGUGUGGGAACCAGCGCUUCUCGACCAGGAUAAUGUUCGAGUGUGCUCAGACUUCGGGAUCACCAACAUUUCAGCUUCUGGAUGAUUGUGAGUACGUGUUCGUCUGGAGAACGGUGGAAGCCUGUCCUGUCGUCAGAGUGGAAGGAGACAACUGUGAGGUGAAGGACCCGAGACAUGGCAACUUGUACGACCUGAAGCCUCUGGCCGUCAAUGACACGGUCGUGAGUGCUGGGGAGUACACCUAUUAUUUCCGGGUCUGUGGAAAGCUGUCCUCAGACGUCUGCUCCACGGAUGACAAGUCCAAGGUGAUCUCAUCGUGUCAGGAAAAGCGGGGAGCCCUGGGAUUUCACAAAGUGGCAGGCCUCCUCACUCAGAAGCUGACUUACGAGAAUGGCUUGUUGAAAAUGAACUACACCGGGGGGGACACUUGCCACAAGGUGUACCAGCGCUCCACAACCAUCUUCUUCUACUGCGACCGUAGCACGCAGAGGCCGGUAUUUCUCAGGGAGACCUCGGAUUGCUCCUACGUGUUCGAGUGGCGAACGCAAUAUGCCUGCGCACCUUUUGACGUGACCGAGUGUUCAUUCAAAGACGGGGCUGGCAACACCUUCGACCUCUCGUCGCUGGCAAGGUACAGUGACAACUGGGAAGCCGUCACGAGGACAGGGGCCACUGAGCACUACCUCAUCAACGUUUGCAAGUCUCUGUCUCCCCAGGCUGGCUCGGAGCCAUGCCCUCCGGAAGCGGCCGCGUGUCUCCUGGGUAGCUCCAAGCCCGUGAACCUCGGCCGGGUGAGGGACGGGCCACAGUGGAAAGACGGCAGCACCAUCCUGAAGUACGUUGAUGGGGACUUGUGUCCAGACCAGAUUCGGAAAAAGUCGACCACCAUCCGAUUCACCUGCAGUGAGAGCCAAGUCAACUCCAGGCCCAUGUUCAUCAGCGCGGUGGAGGACUGUGAGUACACCUUCUCCUGGCCCACAGCCGCCGCCUGUCCUGUGAGGAGCAAUGUGCACGACAACUGCCAGGUCACCAACCCUGCCACAGGACAUCUGUUUGACCUGAGCUCUUUAAGUGGCAAAUCCGGGUACACGGCCGCAUACAGUGAGAAGGGGCUCGUGUACAUCAGCGUGUGCGGGGAGAACGAGAACUGCUCUCCUGGCGUGGGGGCCUGCUUUGGGCAGACCAGGAUCAGCGUGGGCAAGGCGAACAAGAGGCUGACGUACGUGGACCAGGUCUUACAGCUGGUGUACGAGGACGGGUCGCCCUGUCCGUCCAAAUCCGGCCUCACCUACAAGAGCGUCAUCAGCUUCGUGUGCAGGCCUGAGGCCGGGCCCACCAACCGGCCCAUGCUUAUCUCUCUCGACAAGCAGACGUGCACACUCUUCUUUUCCUGGCACACGCCUCUGGCCUGCGAGCAGGUGACGGAAUGCUCCGUGAGGAACGGAAGCUCCAUUAUUGACCUGUCCCCACUCAUCCACCGUACGGGGGGCUACGAGGCCUAUGACGAGAGCGAGGACGACACCUCUGACACCGGCCCCGAUUUCUACAUCAACAUCUGCCAGCCUCUGAACCCCAUGCACGGGGUGCCUUGUCCUGCCGGGGCAGCUGUGUGCAAGGUUCCCGUUGACGGUGCCCCCAUAGAUAUUGGUCGAGUCACAGGACCUCCGAUACUCAACCCCAUAGCUAAUGAAGUUUACUUGAAUUUUGAAAGUAGUACUCCCUGCCUAGCAGACAAGCAUUUCAACUACACCUCCCUGAUCGCAUUUCACUGUAAGAGAGGCGUGAGCAUGGGAGUUCCCAUGCUGCUGAGGACCAGUGACUGUGACUUUGUGUUUGGGUGGGAGACCCCACUGGUCUGUCCCGACGAAGUGCGGGUGGAUGGCUGCUCCCUGACGGACGAGCAGCUGCAUUACAGCUUCAACCUGUCCAGCCUUUCCAAGGUCCCCUUCAAGGUGACUCGGGACUCACGCACCUACAGCGUGGGGGUAUGCACCGCGGCGGCGGGCCCGGAGCAAGGAGGCUGUAAGGACGGAGGUGUCUGCCUGCUUUCUGGGACCAAGGGGGCAUCUUUUGGACGGCUGGCGUCGAUGAGACUGGAUUAUAGGCACCAGGACGAAGCUGUCAUUUUAAGUUACGCCAAUGGAGAUAAUUGUCCUCCAGAAACCGAGGAAGGUGACCCCUGUGUGUUCCCCUUCAUAUUCAACGGGAAGAGCUACGACGAGUGCGUUCUGGAGGGCAGGGCGAGGCUCUGGUGCUCCACCACCGCGGACUACGACAGAGACCACGAGUGGGGCUUCUGCAGACAUUCAAACAGCCACCGGACGUCCGCGAUCAUCUUCAAGUGUGACGAGGACGCUGAUAUCGGGAGGCCACAGGUCUUCAGUGAAGUUCGUGGCUGUGAGGUGACAUUUGAGUGGAAGACGAAAGUUGUGUGCCCCCCAAAGAAGAUGGAGUGCAAGUUCAUCCAGAAGCACAAAACCUAUGACUUAAGGCUGCUGUCCUCGCUCACCGGCUCCUGGUUCUUUGUCCACGAAGGAGUCUCGUACUAUAUAAAUCUGUGCCAGAAAAUAUAUAAAGGGCCCCUCGACUGCUCGGACCGAGCCAGCAUCUGCAAAAAGAGUGCGUCUGGUGUCGUCCAGGUCUUGGGGCUCGUUCACACGCAGAAGCUGGAUGUCAUAGGUGACAAAGUCAUCGUAACUUAUUCAAAAGGUUAUCAGUGUGGGGAGAAUAAGACCGCCUCUGCCGUCAUCGAGUUGACCUGUGCAAAGACAGUGGGCAGACCUUCAUUCAAGAGGUUUGACUUGGACAGUUGCACUUACUACUUCAGCUGGGACUCUCGGGCUGCCUGUGCUGUGAAGCCCCAGGAGGUGCGGAUGGUGAACGGGACCAUCACCAACCCUAGAAAUGGCAAGAGCUUCAGCCUCGGAGAUAUUUAUUUUAAGCUGUUCAGUGCUUCUGGGGACAUGAGGACAAAUGGGGACAAGUACCUGUAUGAAAUCCAGCUUUCCUCCAUCACGAGCUCCAAAAACCCGGCGUGCUCUGGGGCCAACAUCUGCCAGGUUAAACCAAAUGACCAACACUUCAGCAGGAAAGUUGGAACUUCUGAUAAAACCAAAUACUAUGUUCAAGACGGGGAUCUAGAUGUGGUGUUUGCCUCGUCCUCUAAGUGCGGAAAAGACAAGACGAAGUCUGUGUCUUCCACCAUCUUCUUCCACUGCGACCCUCUGGUGAAGGACGGGAUCCCUGAGUUCAGCCACGAGACCGCCGACUGCCAGUAUCUCUUCUCUUGGUACACCUCUGCCGUGUGUCCCCUAGGGGUGGGCCUUGAUGGUGACGGUGCGGGCGAGGACACGCAGGAGCACAAAGGGCUGUCGGAGAGAAGCCAGGCGGUCGGGGCUGUGCUGAGCCUGCUGCUCGUGGCGCUCACUGGCUGUCUGCUGACCCUGCUGCUUUACAAGAAGGAAAGGAGGGAGACGGUGGUUAGCAGGCUGAGCAGCUGCUGCAGGAGGAGUGCCAGCGUGUCCUACAAAUACUCGAAGGUGAACAAGGAGGAGGAGGCGGAUGAGAACGAAACCGAGUGGUUGAUGGAAGAGAUCCAGGUGCCGACCCCAAGGCCCGGGAAGGAAGGGCAGCAAAACGGCCACAUUGCCACGAAGUCCGUGAAGGCCGAAGCCCUCACCUCCCUGCGUGGGGACGACCAGGACAGCGAGGACGAGGUCCUGACCAUCCCAGAGGUGAAAGUGCAGGCGGGCAGGGGGACCGGGGCAGCGGGCGUGCAGCACGGGAGGAACGUGCAGAGGAAGGGGCUUCGGGAGAGCGCGGAUGGCGCGGGGGUGCUGGUGAGAGGGGACAGGGCCCGCAGAGGGAAGCCCAGGCCCGCACAGCAGAAGCCCGCACAGCCCGGCAGCCUGGCGUCCUUCCACGACGACAGCGACGAGGACCUCUUACACAUCUAG